GUUUCACAACCUGCCCAAAACUCAGCCAGCCAUCUUUUGUGGAAAAAUCAUUUGUUUCGUGUCGUCAGGGUAAAUUUCACAAUUGUAAUUAAUGUCAGAGCCACAGUCUUCGCUUUUAUUAAAAAAGCAAUUAGCAGAACUGAACAAAAAUCCGGUAGAAGGCUUUUCUGCUGGAUUGAUAGACGACAAUGACAUAUACAGAUGGGAAGUCCUCAUUAUUGGCCCUCCAGACACAUUGUACGAGGGCGGAUUCUUCAAGGCACACUUACACUUUCCAAAGGAGUACCCUCUGAGGCCACCCCGGAUGAAAUUUGUCACUGAAAUAUGGCAUCCAAACAUUGAAAAGAAUGGUGAUGUAUGCAUAUCAAUACUGCACGAGCCAGGUGAUGACAAGUGGGGCUAUGAGAAGGCAUCAGAGCGGUGGCUUCCAGUUCACACAGUGGAGACAAUCCUCAUCAGCGUCAUCUCUAUGCUGGCUGACCCUAAUGACGAAAGCCCUGCUAAUGUUGAUGCUGCGAAAGAAUGGAGAGAGCGAUAUUCGGAUUUCAAAAAGAAAGUUGCCAGAUGUGUUAGGAAAAGUCAAGAGGAUUGCUUUUAGAAGCAUCAGUGGGAUUUAGUAUGCAGAUUAUUAUUGUUGGAAAAGGGCCUCAUGACAGUUACACAACACACCACAAAGACCGAGCCACCCGCGCGGCCGCGGGCCCUCCUCGCGCACCACGCCACUGUAAAUGAGUGCUCAUUCUGUUUCUCUUUGCAGAAAGAAUGGAGAGAAUCAUAUUCGGAGUUUAAAAGAAAAGUAGCACAGUGUGUGAGAAAAAGCCAAGAAGAUUGUUCCUAAACAGUGCCCUUUUUCAUUGAUCUAGUUGGAUAGUGAGUGUUUGGUGAUGCAGUGAGGACAAGCAGGCCCCGCGCGCCCGCGCGGCCUUCCACCGGCCCAGAGACAAUAUUGAAAUUGAUUUAAAAUAAAUACUUAUUGUAAUUAAAUGGUAUCGCUGCCGUAUUUUAUAAAUAAUAAAUUAAAAAUAGAAUUGAAGGUCUUUUUCAUCUUUUUUAAGACAUGUUAGCUAGCUAUUGUUAUGAUAUGAAAUGUGUAUGGUAAUUUUUAUAGAGAAACAAAUCUGCAUUUCUUUCUUUUACUUCAUCAUAAUGUUUAAAAGUUUGAUCUCUGUAUAGUAGAAACCAAAUCUGAUGUUAUUUAACAACUAUUUAUUAUAUAUUGCAGUUUGUAUAAGAUUGUGAACAUGCAAAGGAAACACAUGUAUAAAAAUUGUAAAAGCAAUUACUCAGGUCUUGCAUGUAAAAUGUUAGUUACCGCAGCAAUGUUUAUGAGAGUGGAAUACACACUGGUAUCUAAGCAAUGAUAAUGUCGCUUCUCUGAUCCACAAUUUUUAUUAGUGCUAAUUUUAGUAGAAUAAACCUAAUUAUAAUUUUUACUGAAUAAAUACAAUUUUUGUAAAAUA